AUGUUGGAUCAUUUUCCAAAAUCAUUGGAUAUUAACCUCAAGUGGAGAGUUAAACAUAUCGAUACCACAAAAGACGAGAAAUUGAUUAAAGUCACCUCUUACAACGGUCAAGUGGUUCAAUCUCAACAAUGUUGUCGUGGCUGUGCCACUACAAAUCUUAAAAGAUGGUCUUUUUUUAUUUUUUUUUAA